GGUUCAGUCAGUCGAAACAAAGAAAUUUUUGUUGUAAUGUCACAUUUCCUAUAGUGCUCAAUUUUAUUUUCGUCAAUUUUUUUUUUAACAAAAUUCUCUAUUAAAGUUCUGACAAGAAUGUUCUGGCGACGGGCAACUCUGAAGUGGUGACCAUUAGUGGGGAGCCGCGGCACAAUGGAGCCCGACGACGAGAAGAAAAAAAAGCUGAAUGAUGACGUUGUGGUGUUUAUGCGCAAGCGCAGCGAGACCGAAGCGCCGCGCUACACCGCGCGUCUAAAGACCUACGUCGACUUCCAGCAGAAACGUCGGCGAGCAGCGGCCGCGCGCCGCCACUCCGAGCACGGCCACCACCACGAGGGCAAGAGAGCCAAUUCGCCAUCCAGGAAAAAAAACGAUGGCGACCAGAAAGAAAAAGCUGCUGACAACCAUGAACACGUUAGCCACGAUGAAGAUCGCAGGAGCCGCAGCAGUAGACGUGGGGGUGAUAAAUGCAUGCGUACCCGUUCGAUGUCUCGCGCAUCGCGGUCUGACGAAACCUCUGACGCUUGCUGCCCUCCCAAGAAAAAGAAGAAGUCUUGUCGCCGUCGCCGCCGCAAGCCAUCCUGCAAGUGUUGCUGUCGCCCAAAGCGGCGCCGUCGCCGUAGCUGUCCCAAGAAGAAGCGCCGGUGUCCCCGCAAAAAGCGUAGCUGCAGCCGGCGCCGGCGCCGCCGCAGCUGCAAGCGCAAGCGCCGCAGUUGCAAGCGCAAGAAGCGCCGCUGCUGAACACCCCGUACCCGUAUCCGUCUGGAUUGUGACCCUUAAAUUCAGUGUGUCGUUUACGUUGCUAAAUAAAUCUUUUUGUGAUAAUAAAAAAAUGACGAAAACACA